GGUGAAUACUCAUGGUGCCUUUGUGUGGUGCAGGUUAGAACGAGAACACGAGCAAACAGUUCAACAAUGGCUCAACUAAGCAAACAAUACUAUCCUGGCACGCAAGGAUCGCAACCGUUGAAAGUCAGCUUUGAAAUCGUUGUUUGUCUAGCAAUGUAACAUAGAUUACAGAUAGCCUAUUCGAGUAGUGUGAAAAUGUUCUGAGCCAUGUUCAAAGGAAAGCCCUUCUUGGGUCUUGCUAUGCACAGCCAGUGUCUGGAUUCACCGAUUUUUUGAUUUGUGUCCUCUGUAUUAUCUCGUCAUCUCAUGCAGUUGUUAAGAUUUACACAUUAAUCCCCACUGUAGCUUUAAGAGACGUCUAAAGCAGUGCAUGAUUUUACAGGUGACACACUGUUUCGUGUGCUUUGACGAGAACAGUUUACACAGCGCGAUCCACGGAGAAGAGGGGAGAGUGUGCCGGCGGCUGGACCCUGCGCAGUCCGUCACCGGGACAAGUGUUUUUUAACGUCCGCUCCUUAAGUCUCAAGAGCUUAGAAAACACCGUGUGACAAGCACGUGUUUCUUCACAUUGACCAAACUGUAAUUCUUAAAUCACGCGGACUACUUUUGGCGCUAAGGGGCACGGAGGCGCACCGCACGGGAUCUUACUGCAAUCAACCGCACAUUGAUAAAAAAUGAGUUUUCAAACGGUGCCGGGCCUCAGGGUGGGGGGGGUAUGAGUCACGGCUGGGAUCUGCCCCACCCCGCUGCUGUCCCUCUGGGGUAAGUGAACCCCCGAGCCCUGAGAUGUCUGCCCCCCCGACCCUCGCACCCCCCUGAGUAAUGAAGACCCUCGCCUUCUUCCUACUCCUCACCCUGUCUGUGCUCAGCGGAACAGAGCGUGUGUCUCAGAAGUCUUGGAAGGACACCGUGGAGGAAUGGAACAAAUACAGGAACGAGUGUCUGCUACACCAGAGCACAGAGCCCACGCCUUCAGGCGUCUUCUGUGGUCGUAUGUUUGAUAUGUACGCCUGCUGGGGAGAUGGAGAGCCUAACUCCACCGUCAGAGUGCCCUGUCCCUGGUACCUGCCCUGGUAUGACACAGUCCACCAUGGCUACGUGUUGCGGGAGUGUGGACCGAACGGCCAGUGGGCGACCAACAUAACGAGCCCAACAUGGAGGGACCACUCCCAGUGCGAGUACGACAGCAAGCAGCAGGGGGAGAAGGAGUACCAGAUGGCAGUCCUGGCCUACUUCAGAAUCAUGUACACAGUGGGCUACACUCUGUCUCUGGCCAGCCUCUCUUUGGCCCUCAUCAUCCUGAAUGCCUUCAGGAAGCUGCGGUGCACCAGGAACUGUAUCCACAGCAACCUGUUUGCCUCCUUCAUCCUGCGGGCCGUGUCCAUCCUGACCCGGGACGCACUGCUGACCAGAGAUACGCCAGAGUUCAAGAACAACAGGGACGUGUCCGAAGUGCUGAGUGACCAGGCGGUGUCGGGCUGUCGGGUGGCCCAGGUGCUGAUGCAGUACUGUGUGGGGGCCAACUACUACUGGCUGCUGGUGGAGGGCCUGUACCUGCACAACCUGCUGGUGCUCAGGGUGUUCUCUGAGAACAGCUACUUCUGUGGUUACCUGCUCAUCGGCUGGGGGACCCCAGUGUUAUUCGUGGUCCCGUGGAUAAUCGUUCGGUACUUGUAUGAAAACACCAGGUGCUGGGAGAUCAAUGAGAACAUGGCCUACUGGUGGAUCAUACGCACACCCAUCCUACUGGCCAUCCUGGUCAACUUUUUCAUUUUUAUCCGGAUCAUACAGAUCUUGGUGUCUAAACUCAAGGCUCACCAGAUGAGAUACACAGAUUACAAGUUCAGGUUGGCCAAGUCCACUCUGACACUGAUCCCUCUGUUGGGGAUCCAUGAGGUGGUGUUUGCUGUGAUGUCAGAGGAGCAGACGGAGGGAGUCCUCCGAAAUGUCAACCUCUUCUUUGAACUUUUCUUCAACUCCUUCCAGGGUCUCCUGGUAGCCAUCCUCUACUGUUUUGUCAACAAAGAGGUUCAGUCGGAGAUAAAGAAGAAGUGGCAGAGGUGGAAGCUGGGCAUGACCGUGCUGGACGACCAGCGAAACACUGGCAGCCAAACCCCACAGGUGGGCGCCAACGCACCUCCGUGCCAACACAACCCCUCCUGCCAGCCCGACUGCCAGGCGUUGGAGGGCCCUGACCCCCACCCUCCUCUCCUCUACCACCACCACCCUGGAGCCAGGAAGGGGAAGGCCUACUGCUACAUAUCUGCUCGCAAGCAAGUGCUCAACGGGCUGGAUGGACCACCACAGGGCAACACAGGAGAGGGAGCGGUCAAGUACUCAGAGAGCUACUGUUGAUAUCGAGACAUUUGUACUGGAGAGUGGAAACUAAGCAGAUCAUGGUCAGCUCUGUUAGCAGUUAGCGUCAUUUGGAAUAGGAGAAUCAACUGCCUCUUAUACUGAGGUCUUGGAACUGCAAAAGGGGUUGCUAAUGGCUAACUCAUAGCAGCUAACGGCUCGCUAACAGCAGCAUGACUAGAGGACUAACCAGUGGCCAACUGCCUUUGCCGUUGGAAACUGUACCUUCUUCAUGUCUCCACAUACACAAGGCCUCAGGAUGGAUUUUUGGGGGAAUAUCAUCAUGAGAUCUUGGUGCUGGUCAGAAAUGGGUUCUGUAGAGCCGUGGUUCUCAAAUUGUGGGGUGCGACUAUCAGAAGGGGGUGUCCAGUGAAGGCAUGAGGGGGGAUGGAGAAGGACUGUGUAUUGUCGAGUGUAUUGAGGCUGUAAAUAGAAAGAGAGAGGAUACAAUUAUAAUUGGGGGGGGUGUUUUUGAGGGGUGCAGGGCUGCCAACUUUUCAAAAAACCUUGGAGUGAGAUUUGGUGGUGCCAACCUAAAUGUUGCUGCGUACAAAGCACCCCCCCCCCCUCCCCGACAUUUCACGGUUUGGCACCCCCCCUAACCCCCCCACCCCCCCCCUCCCGAGACGAGCUUUCACGAGUGUUCGAGUGUCUAUGUUGCUUUAGUCCAUGUGCCUGCACCUCGACCAUUACUGUUUACAACGUUAAUAUGAGUACUUGGUUGGCGUUGCCUUCUCAGUGUGAGAAAUACAAGGUGUGGCGUGAGAGUUGGCAGCCCUGGGGGUGGUAGAGCGACUGAAUGAAACGGUUUGAGAACUACUGAUGCGAGUGGCUGCUGUUUGAGCCUGGAUUUGAACCUGGGUCUGGGCCUGAGCCCGGGUAUGGGUCCAAGUCUCAUUCUGGGUCUGGGUCUGGUACCGAGUUUGGGUCUGGAUGACUGCAGAUGCUAACUGAUCACAUCAUCACACCUGGCAUCCUCCAUCUACUCUGGCCGACACUUUUUUAAUGUAGUUUUUUUCUACCUCUGUUUUGACUUUUGGACAAAAUGAAAAAUGAUAUUUCCUGUAAUGUGCCAACUGUAAUGAAGAUUGUCUGCAAUGAACAACUAAUGAAUAAACAUCCUAAUUAUGUGUUGUA